UGUCCAGGCAGGGACCAACCAGAGUGCUGCUCUCCACUUUUUCAGUUUUUUUCGACACACAGCAAACCUGCAGUCUCUCCUGUGGGGGGGGAGGAAAAGCCCCAGAACUACAAAGACCUUCUAAGGAUUUUACUUUUGAUUGAUAUUUUUGAUCCAUGUGGUUGUUUUGUCCAUUGUCUGCGAUCAUGACAAGUCUAUGCGAGAACAGGAUGGCACAGCAGGACUGUCAGGGAGAGAAUUUAAAGCUCCAGCAGGAGGAGCAACUUCUUCUUAAUGCUUGGAAAAACAUGUCCUCUGCUCUCCAGCAGCAGACUUUGGAUGGUGACCUCAGACCUUCAGGCCCGGUCCAGUCCUUCCUGUCCAAGCAGAGGCAGUCCUCACGCAGAAGGAGGCUGCUGCAGCCCAGAUAGAAGCUUCCUUCCUUCUGGAGGAACAAGAGACUUGAGUUUGCUCUCAGCCUCUUUGUAUGAGCUAGCUUAUAUCGCCCUCUGCUGGCAAAUAAAUACAACUGCUGU